AUGAGUACCACACAUCGCCAGUUGGCUCUUUCCCAUGGAUCUAUAGAACAUACGAUUUUGGUGCCCACGGCACUUUUUUUCAAGUACUCCCAGUUGAAGGAGCAGUUUGCAAAGACCUUGCCUGUUCCUACUGAGGGCUUUGCUUCGGACGAGGAACCAGCAUCUCCAGCUGAAUUGUUUGCUAAAUUCGUGGGUUUCACCGCGUCUCUUGUUGACCCUGCUGCUAGAGGCGAAGGCCUGUUUGACGAAAUCUUGACUGCUGUCUUGCAAGAGUUCCAGUCGAGGUUCUUCCCUAACUCAGACAUCCAUAGCUUCGCUGCCCAGUUGCUUGCCGAUGAAACAUACCCAACCACCGCUGCCAAGACGAAAGAAGUGAUCAAACACUACUUUGACGCGGUCAUCAGCUCCAACACCAGCAUUCCUAAACAACUGUCGGACUUGGUGCAGAACUCCGCCCGCCGUUUGGCCAGAACUGUGGCUAUCUUUGGUGGCCAGGGUAAUACCGACGACUACUUUGAGGAAUUGAGAGAGUUGAACUUCAUGUACCACGGCCUUCUCUCCGACUUGCUCCAGAAAAUCGCCGCCAAGUUGACUCUGUUGGUCAAGUCCACCUCUAAUGUUGAUAAGAUCUAUACCCAAGGCUUUGACAUCUUGACCUGGUUGAACCUGCCUGACCAGACCCCUGACCAGGAGUAUUUGUUGAGUGUGCCUGUUUCUUGUCCUUUGAUUUGCGUCAUUCAGUUGUGCCACUAUGCUGUUACUUGCAAGACUUUGGGCAUUUCCCCAGGUGAGUUCAGAGACGCGUUGGUUGGUGCUACUGGCCACUCUCAAGGUUUGGUUACCGCCGUGGCUAUUGCCAGCGCUGGUGAUUGGGACUCUUUCAUUGAAAACUCCAUCAAGGCUGUUUCUUUGUUGUUCUUCAUUGGUGCCAGAUGUUUGAUGGCUUACCCAAGAACUUCCUUGCCUCCAACCAUGUUGCAGGACUCUUUGGAGAAUGGUGAAGGUAGACCUUCUCCUAUGUUGUCUGUUAGAGACUUGUCUCUUUCUGACGUUGAAAAGUUCAUCCACCAGACCAACGCUCACUUGCCUGCUGAGAAGCAUGUUGCCAUUUCUUUGGUCAAUGGUGGUAGAAACAUGGUUGUCUCUGGUCCUCCAGAGUCUCUUUACGGUUUGAACUUGACUUUGAGAAACAACAAGGCUCCUUCUGGUUUGGACCAGGCCCGUGUGCCAUAUUCCGAGCGUAAGAUGAAGUUCUCCAACCGUUUCUUGCCUAUUUUCGCUCCAUUCCACUCCCACUUGUUGGAACCAGCCACUGACAUGAUCUUGACUGAUGUCCAGAACGAGGGUUUGGUUUUCGAUGCUGCCGACAUCAAGAUCCCAGUUUACGACACUUACUCUGGUGAGAACUUCCAGAACGCUGAAGGCGAUGUCAUUGACAGACUCACCAAGUGUAUCACCGAAUUGCCUGUCCACUGGGAAACCGCUACCAACUUCGACAGCACCCACUUGUUGGAUUUCGGCCCUGGUGGCGUUUCCGGCUUGGGUGUCUUGACCCACAGAAACAAGGAAGGUACCGGUGCCCGUGUGAUUAUUUCUGGUUCCAUUGACACCAACCAGGAUGACGAGUACGGUUUCAAGCAGGAGAUCUUCAACAGAACCCAGAGCUCCAUCAAAUGGGCUCCUAACUGGUUGGACGAAUACAGACCCAAGUUGGUAAAGACCAAGGCUGGUAAAGUUUUCGUUGACACCAAGUUCUCCAGAUUGCUUGGUAGAGCUCCAUUGAUGGUUCCUGGUAUGACUCCAACUACCGUCAACACCGACAUUGUGUCUGCUACCAUCAACGCUGGCUACCACAUUGAAUUGGCCGGUGGUGGUUACUUUGAGCCAAAGGGUAUGGAGAGAGCUUUGAGAGACGUUGCCAGCAGAGUCACUCCAGGCUCUGGUAUUGGUAUCAACUUGAUUUACGUCAACCCAAGAAUGUUGCAAUGGGGUAUUCCAUUGAUCAAGGAAUUGAGAGCCAAGGGUUUCCCAAUCCAGUCUUUGACCAUUGGUGCUGGUGUUCCUUCUUUGGAGGUUGCCACAGAGUACAUUGAAGAGUUGGGCUUGACCCACUUGGGCUUGAAGCCAGGUUCCAUUGACUCCAUCAACCAGUCUAUUGCCAUUGCCAAGGCUCAUCCAAACUUCCCAAUUGUUCUUCAGUGGACUGGUGGUAGAGGUGGUGGUCACCACUCUUUCGAGGACUUCCACCAGCCAAUCUUGCAGAUGUACGCUAAGAUCAGAAAGUGCUCCAACAUUGUGUUGGUCGCUGGUUCCGGUUUCGGUUCUGAUGUUGACACUUACCCAUACUUGACUGGUUCUUGGUCUAAGGACUUCAACUACCCACCAAUGCCAUUUGACGGUGUUUUGUUCGGUUCCAGAGUUAUGACUGCUAAAGAGGCCCACACUUCUUUGGCUGCCAAGCAGGCCAUUGCUGAAUGUUCUGGUGUUGCUGACGGCAAGUGGGAGAACACUUACAAGAAGCCUACUGGUGGUAUCAUCACUGUGAGAUCUGAAAUGGGUGAGCCUAUUCACAAGCUCGCUACCAGAGGUGUCAUGUUCUGGAAGGAGUUGGAUGAGACUAUUUUCAACUUGCCAAAGAACAAACUCUUGGAGGCUUUGACCAAGAAGAAGGACUACAUCAUCAACAAGUUGAACAAGGAUUUCCAGAAGCCAUGGUUCGGCCGCAACGCUCAAGGUGUCUGUGACUUGGAAGAUAUGACCUACCAGGAAGUUGCCAACCGUAUGAUUGAGUUGAUGUUCGUCAAGAAGUCUGAGAGAUGGAUCGAUGUCUCUUUGAGAAACUUCAUGGGUGACUACUUGAGAAGAGUCGAAGAGAGAUUCACUUCUAGCUCUGGCAAGCAGUCUUUGAUCCAGAACUUUGCCCAGUUGGAAAAGACCCCACAGGCUUUCGUUGACAAGUUCUUUGACUCUUUCCCAACUGCCAAGACUCAGUUGAUCUCUGAGGAGGACUGUGACAACUUCUUGAUGUUGUGUGCUAGAGCUGCCCAGAAGCCUGCUCCAUUCGUUCCUGUUUUGGAUGAGAGAUUCGAGUUCUUCUUCAAGAAGGACUCCUUGUGGCAGUCUGAAGACUUGGAGUCUGUCGUUGACGAGGAUGUCCAGAGAACCUGUAUUCUUCACGGUCCAGUUGCUGCUCAAUUCACCAACAAGGUCGAUGAGCCAAUUAAGGAUAUCUUGGACGGUAUUCACGAGGGCCAUAUUAACAAGUUGGUUGCUGACGCUUACGAUGGUGACUUCUCCAAGAUCCUGUUGUUGAAUACUUUGGCGAACGUUUCUGGCGUCACUGUUGAGAAGUCUGGCGAUAAGACUACUUUCAAGGUUGGCUCUUCUGUUCCUGAGCAGGCCGAGUGGCUCAAGUUGUUGGCUGGUUCUGAAUUGAGCUGGUUGUACGCUUUCAUUUCUUCUGAGAGAGUCGUCCAGGGUAUUAACCAUGUUGCCAACUCUGUCAAGGACAUUGUGGGUCCAGCUGCUAACAUGGAAGCUGUUAUCACCAACGCUGGUACUGACAAGGCUAACCUUUCCCUUUACGAGGCCGUCCAAGGUGACUCCAAGAAGGUUGCCGAGAUCAAGUUGACUUCUGAGGGUCUUAUCCAGAUGUCUUUGAUUGAGCACAGAACUGCCGACAACAAGGCUGUUGAGUUGCCAUUCCUUUACAAGUACGUUCCAGAAGACGGUUUUGCUCCUAUUGUGGAAGUUAUGGAAGGCAGAAACGACAGAAUCAAGGGCUUCUACUGGAAGUUGUGGUUCGGUUCUGACGUUCCAGUUGACUUGGAUAUCAACGUUGACCAGGUUAUUCCAGGUGACAAGGUUACUAUCAGUGGUAAGGACAUUUCUGAGUUCACUCACGCCAUUGGUAACACAUGUGACGCUUUCAUUGCCAGACCAAACAAGCCAACCUUGGCUCCAAUGGAUUUUGCCAUUGUUGUUGGCUGGAAGGCUAUCAUGAAGGCUAUCUUCCCAAAGACUGUUGACGGUGACUUGUUGAAGUUGGUGCACAUGUCCAACGGCUACCGUAUGAUUCCUGGUGCUGAGCCAUUGAAAAAGGAUGAUGUUGUCUCUUCAGAUGCUCUCAUCAAGGCUGUUUUGAACCAGCCUUCCGGUAAGAUGGUCGAGGUUGUGGGCACUAUUUUCAGAGAAGGUCGUCCAGUGAUGGAGGUUACUUCCCAGUUCUUGUACAGAGGUGAGUACGAGGACUUCGAGAACACUUUCCAGAAGGUUACUGAGGACCCAUUCCAGAUUGCUUUCAAGACCGCUAAGGAUUUGGCUAUUUUGAGGUCCAAGGAAUGGUUCCACUUGGAAGAGGACGUUGAGUUGCUUAACCAGAUCUUGACCUUCAGAUGCGAGUCUACUUACAAGUUCAAGGCCGCUGGUGUUUACUCUUCCAUUAAGACUGUUGGUAGAGUCUACUUGGAGUUGCCAACUAAGGAGAUCAUUCAGGUUGGUUCUAUUGACUACGAGGCUGGUGUUUCUUACGGUAACCCAGUCAUUGACUACUUCUCCAGAAACGGUAACACCAUUGAGCAGGCUGUGAAGUUUGAGAAUGCUAUUCCACUUUCUUCUGGUGAGGAAUUGACCUCCAAGGCUCCAUCCACUAACGAGCCUUACGCUAAGGUUUCUGGUGACUACAACCCUAUUCACGUUUCUCGUGUGUUUGCUUCUUACGCCAAGUUGCCUGGUACUAUCACCCACGGUAUGUACUCUUCUGGUUCUAUCAGAUCCUUGGUUGAGCAGUGGGCUGCUAACAGUGUUGCUUCCAGAGUCAGAGCUUUCAAGGCUGACUUUGUAGGUAUGGUUUUGCCAAACGACAUUCUCCAGACCUCUUUGGAGCACAUUGGUAUGAUCAACGGUCGUAAGAUCAUCAAGGUUGAAACCAGAAACGUUGAAAACGAUACUCCAGUGUUGAUGGGUGAGGCCGAGAUUGAACAGCCAGUCACCACUUACGUUUUCACUGGUCAGGGUUCCCAGGAACAAGGUAUGGGUAUGGACUUGUACAACAGCUCUGACGUUGCUCGUGACGUUUGGGACCGUGCUGACCGUCAUUUCGUUGACAACUACGGUUUCUCUAUUCUUGACAUUGUUAAGAACAACCCUAACGAGUUGACUGUUCACUUUGGUGGUGCCAAGGGUAGAAAGAUUAGAGACAACUACAUUUCCAUGAUGUUCGAGACCAUUGGCGAGGAUGGUGAGAUCAAGUCUGAGAAGAUCUUCAAGGAGAUCGACCACACCACCACUUCUUACACUUUCCUUUCCCCAACUGGUUUGUUGUCUGCUACUCAGUUCACCCAGCCAGCCUUGACCUUGAUGGAGAAGGCUUCUUACGAGGACAUCAAGUCUAAGGGUUUGGUUCCAUCUGAUGUCAUGUUCGCUGGUCACUCUCUUGGUGAGUACUCUGCUCUUUCUUCCUUGGCUAAUGUCAUGCCAAUUGAGUCUCUUGUGGAUGUCGUUUUCUACAGAGGUAUGACCAUGCAAGUUGCUGUUCCAAGAGACGAGUUGGGCAGAUCCAACUACGGUAUGUGUGCUGUUAACCCAACCAGAGUUAACCCUACAUUCAACGAUGCUGCUUUGAGAUUUGUUGUUGACGAGGUUGCCAGCAAGACUGGCUGGUUAUUGGAGAUUGUCAACUACAACGUCGAAAACGCCCAGUACGUUACUGCCGGUGACUUGAGAGCCUUGGACACUUUGACCAACGUCUUAAACGUAAUCAAGUUGAACAAGAUUGAUAUUGUGAAGUUGCAAGAACAAAUGUCCUUGGAAGAUGUCAAGGGCCAUUUGAAGGAGAUCAUUGAUGAAGUUUCUGCUCAGUCUCUUGCAAAGCCUCAGCCUAUUGACUUGCAAAGAGGCUUUGCAGUGAUCCCAUUGAAGGGUAUUUCUGUGCCUUUCCACUCUUCUUACUUGAUGUCUGGUGUGAAGCCAUUCCAGAGAUUCUUGUGCAAGAAGAUUCCAAAGUCUUCGGUCAAGCCAAACGACUUGAUCAACAAGUACAUUCCAAACUUGACUGCCAAGCCAUUUGAAAUUACAAAGGAGUACUUCGAGGAGGUUUACCAGUUGACUAAGUCUGAGAAGCUUAAGAACAUCAUCGACAACUGGGAGUCUUACGAGAAGGCUUAA